CUCCGCAAACCCAGCAAAUAAAAACCCAGCCUUCUCUCUUAUCCCAUAAGGAACCCAAGACCUGGGUUCAUGAAACCCAAAUAUGGGUUCCUCGCAGAACCCAGUUGCUGGGCUCGCAGAACCCAGUUGCUGGGCUCGCAGAACCCAGUUGCUGGGCUCGCAGAACCCAGUUGCUAGGUUCGCGAAACCCAACUGGUGGGUUCGCGAAACCCAGCUGCUAGGUUUCACGAACCCAGCUUUGGGUUUCAUGAACCCAGGUCUUGGGUUCCUCAUGGAACCCCCUUGUUGGGUUCCUCAUGGAACCCCCUUGUUGGGUUCGCAAAACCCAGUUGCUGGGUUCACGAAACCCAGUUGCUGGUUUCGCGAAACCCGCAAGGAGCCUUGGAUUCUUCUUCUUCUUCUUGAUGGAUCCUCAUUCGAUUUCUUGGGGGAUGAUUUUGAGCUCGUUGAGGAGUAUUUCGACAAUAGUUUGCUGAAUCUAGAUGUCUACAAUGCCUUGGAGAAGUGCCUGCAGUGCCCACCUGGGUUCAUCGUGAACCCAGGACGAACCCACCCAGGUCGCACUGGCCUUGCUCACCGCGAACGAGCCUUGCUCCGCGCCCCUUUUGCUCACCGCGAACCAGCCCUGCACCUCUGCUCCCGGAUCCCGUGCCUUCUGCACCCAGAUCGCCUGCACUCUGCACCCAGAUCCCCUCACCUCUACGCCCAGAUCCCCUCUCCUCUAUGCCCCACUGCCGGCAAUCAUGCCCCUGCACACUGCGCCCCGGCCCCAAUCUCGCGCCUCUACACUCCUACUUGCUACAGCCCUAUCCUUGCCUCACCUGCAAAAAAGACAGUGUAUACCAGACAAAAUUAGCAUCAUUAGUGAUUGACGCAGCAAGACUUUUCUUUAUUUAUUUCAUUUUUUAAAAUUUUGUUAUUUGGGUAUAUAUAGAGCAAAGAGCAGAGUAAGGAGGGGGUCUUUGGUUGAUUUUGGGAGUCUCCUUCUGAGUUUUCGAAGAGCAGUAGAAGGGGAUUUCGUGGGGAAGAAAAGG